GGAGCGCACAACUGCACACAAUCAUCGAGCCUGCUGAUGAAUCAUCUUAAUAUCACCUGCAAAGCAGUAAGCAUAAGAGAGACGAAUUCGGGAUUGCUUGAGAACGUAAGAGGCAGGAAAGAAGACAACACACUAUUUAAAAUUCACUUUUUAAAGUGCAAUAUUCUAUUAAGAACACGUUUUUCAUCUUUAAAAAGUAAUUGAUGAAAAAAUAAGUUUAAAAAAAAUGAUAGUGGUCAACUUAAAACAGAGCAAAUAAACCAAAGCAAAUUCCUAAGUCCCGGAAAGCAUAAAGUACAAAUCAAAACGUAAAUGUCUGCUCUAAUCAGUGCAUGCUCCUUGUGGCCGGAGAGCUUUGAGCGCUCGCCCGGAGAAGAGGACCCUUCAGAUGGACUCACCUCUCAAAGAUCCACGGCGGAUAAGGGUUCGGAACCCCGCAUCAGGAGACCCAUGAACGCGUUUAUGGUUUGGGCUAAAGAUGAGAGGAAAAGACUGGCAAUCCAGAAUCCAGACCUCCAUAAUGCUGAACUCAGCAAAAUGUUGGGCAAGUCUUGGAAAGCCCUGAACCCUUCCCAAAAGAGACCAUAUGUGGAGGAAGCUGAAAGGCUGAGGGUGCAGCACAUGCAGGACUACCCCAACUACAAGUACAGGCCACGGAGGAAGAAGCAGCUUAAGGGUAUCUGCAAGCGAGCCGAUCCCAGUUUCCUACUUAACAACCUUUCUCCGGAUCAGAACUCCAUCCCGGACAACCGUAGACCAGGCCUGGACAAGAAGGAGGAAAGUGGCUACUCCUCCAGUCCAGGUCUCCCCAUCAUCAGAAGUUUUAGGGAGCCUCCAAGCUCUAAUGCCAGCUCUGGUACUUACCCGUAUGGGCUGCCCACCCCACCUGAGAUGUCACCGUUGGACCAUAUAGACCAUGAUCUGUCCUUCUACUCCUCUUCCUGCCCUGAAGAAGCUCGUCCCCAUGGGAACAGACAUACCUACCAUCCCGAAUACACCCAAAGCAACAACCAGUGUGAUGGCCACCUGGGUCAAAUGCCCAUGUCUCAAGCAGGGUCUACUAUGAUUGUCUCUGCUUCCAGCUGCCCACCCCCGCUCUUUUACUACACCCCACCUUAUAACUCCAUGCAGCACCACAUCCUAACCCACCGGGGUCAACUGUCCCCACCUCCAGAGCAACAAAAUCUGGAGACCUUAAAUCAGAUCAGCCAAGCAGAACUCUUAGGAGAGAUGGACAGGAAUGAGUUUGACCAGUAUUUAAACUCCACAGGCCACCCAGAUCACAAUGGGGUGACCAUCACUGGGCACAUCCAGGUCACUCCAGCAGCUUGUACCAACAGUUCUUCAGAAACCAGUCUCAUCUCCGUGCUGGCUGAUGCUACAGCAGCUUACUACAACAACUACGGCAUUUCCUAAACCAUAAAAGGACUACUAAGACAUAAACAUUUUGAUCCAUCUGAACGGUUCAGUAUUUCUACCACAGGCAGAGAAUGAGAGCUAUGAGAGACCUACAGUAGUGAAUUGACAUCUCAGGGUUGCACGGACAAAAAACAAUAAAAUGUAUAAUUUAUUUUAUAUUCAUGUUGUUGAUAAACUCUCCACUGUACUAAACAAGUUUAUGGAACUGGCUGGUGUUGACUGUCAUUGUUUCCUGUAUAGAUGCUGUUAACCCUAUUUAAUGUGUUUACAUAACAAUUGCAUUUUGGUUGUCUUGAAUUUACUUUUUUUGCUAUUGCUGUUGUUGCUUUCCUUGGAGUUUGGGCUUAUGUCUGUAUUACGUAACUGACUUCCUCUCUUUUUUUUUGAAUGACAUGUCUUAUGUAAAUCUUCCUACUACAUGUAAGAAUAUGUCCAUGCUGCAUUCAUUUUGGUGUAAUAUGAAGAAAACACUUACUGUCGUUCUGAUAGCCUGUUGUUACUGGGCUUCUAAAUAUUUACUCGUUAAAAAAAAAAAAAAAGGUUGUUAAUUUAGGCUUGAGAAAUUGAUUACCUUUAAAUAAAAUAUAAACUUUUAUUCACA